AUGAAGUACAUCCUGGUGACGGGCGGGGUGAUCUCGGGCAUCGGGAAGGGGAUCAUCGCCAGCAGCAUCGGCACCAUCCUCAAGUCCUGCGGGCUGCACGUCACCUCCAUCAAGAUCGACCCCUACAUCAACAUCGACGCGGGCACCUUCUCCCCGUACGAGCACGGGGAGGUGUUUGUGCUGGAUGAUGGAGGGGAAGUGGAUCUGGACCUGGGUAACUAUGAGCGCUUCCUUGACAUCCGACUCACCAAAGACAACAACCUGACUACUGGGAAGAUCUACCAGUAUGUAAUCAACAAGGAGAGGAAGGGAGACUACCUUGGCAAAACUGUCCAAGUUGUUCCCCACAUCACAGAUGCUAUACAAGAAUGGGUGAUGAGGCAGGCACGAAUUCCUGUAGAUGAAGAUGGCAUUGAACCUCAAGUUUGUGUGAUUGAGCUUGGAGGGACAGUGGGUGACAUUGAGAGCAUGCCUUUCAUCGAGGCCUUCCGCCAGUUCCAGUUCAAAGCCAAAAGAGAGAAUUUUUGUAACAUUCAUGUCAGUCUAGUUCCCCAGCCAAGCUCUACAGGAGAGCAGAAGACUAAGCCCACCCAAAACAGUGUUCGUGAACUCAGAGGUCUUGGUCUCUCACCAGAUCUGAUUGUUUGCAGGUGCUCAACUCCAUUGGAUACCUCAGUAAAAGAAAAGAUUUCCAUGUUCUGUCAUGUUGAACCAGAACAGGUCAUCUGUGUUCAUGAUGUCUCUUCUAUCUACCGGGUUCCUCUGUUGUUAGAGGAACAGGGAGUUGUUGACUACUUCAGACACAGGCUUGACCUUCCCAUUGAGAGGCAGCCCAGGAGGAUGCUCAUGAAGUGGAAGGAAAUGGCUGACAGGUACGACCGUCUCCUUGAAACAUGUUCCAUUGCACUUGUGGGCAAAUACAUCAAGUUUUCAGAUUCCUACGCGUCUGUCAUUAAAGCCCUGGAACAUUCUGCUCUGGCUAUCAACCACAAACUUGACAUCAAGUAUAUUGACUCUGCUGAUUUGGAGCCACAGACUCUCCAGGAAGAGCCUGUCCGAUACCACGAAGCAUGGCAGAAGCUCUGUGGUGCUGAUGGAGUUCUUGUUCCUGGGGGAUUUGGUGUUCGAGGGACAGAAGGCAAAAUUCAAGCUAUUUCCUGGGCACGAAAACAGAAAAUACCCUUCUUAGGAGUUUGCUUGGGAAUGCAGUUAGCAGUUGUGGAAUUCGCACGCAGUGUUCUUGGUUGGCAAGAUGCCAACUCGACAGAAUUUGACCCCAAAACUGCUCAUCCUGUGGUCAUAGACAUGCCAGAACAUAAUCCUGGGCAAAUGGGUGGGACCAUGAGACUUGGCAAGAGAAGAACACUCUUCCAAACCAAGAAUUCAAUAAUGAGGAAGCUGUAUGGAGAUCAUGAUUUCUUGGAGGAGAGACACAGACACAGAUUUGAGGUCAAUCCGGAAUUGAAAAAGUGUUUUGAAGAGCAAGGUUUGAAGUUUGUAGGCCAGGAUGAGGAGGGAGAGCGAAUGGAAGUGAUUGAGUUGGAAGAGCAUCCCUUCUUUGUUGGGGUUCAGUAUCACCCUGAAUUCCUUUCUAGACCAAUUAAGCCAUCUCCCCCAUACUUUGGCCUCCUCUUGGCAUCUGCAGGAAGACUCACACAUUAUCUACAAAAGGGCUGCAGACUCUCACCCAGGGACACGUACAGCGACAGAAGUGGCAGCAGCUCCCCUGACUUGGAGAUAACAGAGCUGAAGUUUCCAUCAGUAAAUCAUGACUGA